GAAUACUAUACCUAAGACAGUAUAGACAAAUCUAAGGGAUUACUUUCCAAACUUAACUUGAUUGGAAAAUGGUGAUUGAUCUGAGAGCCACCUUGCUUCCCUGUCCACUUUCCAUCCUGAAGUUGGAAUCCAGACACCUGUCCCCUUCUUUCUCAGUCUGUUAAGCUGAUUCAAUAAACACCUGUGCUCUUUCCGCCAUCUUCCCGCACCGCCACCAUGGUGUGCAUGAAUGUCCUGGCCGAUGCUCUCAAGAGCAUCAACAAUGCAGAGAAGAGAGGCAAACGCCAGGCCCUCAUCAGGCCCUGCUCCAAAGUCAUCGUUCGGUUCCUAACUGUGAUGAUGAAGCACGGUUACAUUGGUGAAUUUGAAAUUAUUGAUGACCACAGAGCUGGGAAGAUCAUUGUGAACCUCACAGGCAGGUUGAACAAGUGUGGAGUGAUAAGCCCUAGAUUUGAUGUGCAACUCAAAGACCUAGAAAAUUGGCAGAACAAUCUGCUCCCGUCCCGUCAGUUUAGCUUCAUUGUACUGACUACCUCAGCUGGCAUCAUGGACCAUGAAGAAGCAAGAUGAAAGCACACAGGAGGGAAAUUCUUUUCCUGGGAUUCUUUUUCUAGAGAUUUAAAACAGAAAUAAAAAGCCUUUAUGGAAAAAAAUAAACACCUGUGUCUCUGA